AGCACGUGCACUAAUGAACAGCAGGGUGUCGGAUGGUUUGACGCGUCGCCCUCCUUCUCUCUCUCAGUUUACCGUGUUCUGACCUUUGGCUGCUCUGUGACAAUGUUCGACCUGAAGAAGAGAAACAGUCUGACUCUGAACAGUCGGGACACGGAGGAGUUCAGACGAGUGGCGGUCAGGCGGAAAACCAAAGGUGCUGCGGUGGACUGCCAAGCCUCACGUACAGUACUGAGCAGUGGCGUGUGUGGCUCGUACACCUGUGGCCGUGCUUGCAAGAGUGUCUGUGGAUCAGAACCAAACUCUAAACUUGGACCGGAAGGAGACACCAAAAGAAGCCCAGCUAAAAGAUCACCCGUCAAACCACAAGUGCCUCCUAAACCAGCUCACCUCCAGAGUCCUCUGAGGGCAGGACCAACUCAAGCCCACAGUCCCACAUCAGGAAAAUUACUACCUCAUCAAGUUAAUGGCACAGAGCAAGACCAAAGUCCUAAUAGAGGUUAUGGACGUUGUGUUUCCUGUAUCAACCAAGCACAUAAUUGUCUAGGCUCCCCGAGUCCUGUCAGAGGAGGGGGAAACAGUCUUUUGUCCGGAGCACAUGUCAGCCCUGCCAGACACACUCAGGGGAUUCCAAAUAUUAUAAGCAGUCCAAUUUUCAGAUCUCCAAGUCCAAGCAAAAGAGGUAUUCAGAGCUGUUGCUCACUGAGGGAAGGAGGGCACAGCCCUGCUAAGUUGUCCCCAAGGAAUCAGAGCCCUCUGGUAGGAAAACUGCGGACCCCCAGUCCUGUGCAGGGGAGGAUUGGGAGCUACAGCCCUGCAAAGAACUGUAAAUCCUGGCUCGGACUGCACAGAAUCCCAAGCAGCAAGAUGGAAGGAAAAGAGAAGAAAGCGGGGAAAUCUUUGAGUGUGCCUGACCUGAUUGUUUAUUUGGAUGAGAGCAGAAUUCCAACUGAAAAAGUUGAACGAUCUCCGCUGAAACCAUUGCAAUCACUCAUCUGCAACGGGCCAGCCAUCACUAUCAAACCACCAGUUAACCAUCGACGCACUCAUUCCACAAGCGAAGCCCAUCUAUCAAGCAAUGGCAAAGAGCAUUCCCCACAACAAAUGAAUGGCAUAGCGCAGGGGAAAGACUGCAUGGUAGUAAAUGUGAAAGGAAUAAAUGAUGCAGAAAGCAAGAUACCAAAAGGAUGUAGUUCCACAUUUUCCAGCCAGUGGAAUAAUGCAACCAGAGGAGAUGGCAUGAUUGACAAGGACUCUGAAAGUGAACAAAACGAUGAGGAGAGCACAGAGCAGAAAUUGUACAAGAUAGCCAAUGAACUCCUGCAGACAGAGAGGGCCUAUGUGGCUCGUCUCCACCUGCUAGACCAGGUGUUUUGCAAACGCCUAACAGAAGAGGCAAGUCGGGGCUCAUUUCCUCCUGAGGUCAUAAGAAAUAUCUUCUCCAACAUUUCUUCUAUCUACUCCUUCCACGGCAAGUUCCUGCUACAUGACCUGGAAAACUGCAUCAGUCACUGGUGGGAGAGGCCAGGCCUGGGUCAUGUUUGGCUGCAACAUGCACCCUUCCUGAGGAUGUAUGCCGACUACGUCAGGAACUUUGACCAGUCCAUGGAGUUGGUGAGGACCUGGACCGAACGCUCCUCCGCCUUCAGAAACAUCAUCCAAGACAUUCAGAGCCAGGAGAUGUGUGGCAGCCUGAGCCUGCAGCACCACAUGUUGGAGCCAGUCCAGAGGGUUCCACGGUAUGAGAUGCUUCUCAGGGAUUAUCUAAAGAAACUGCCCAUGGAUAACCCAGAUUAUGAGCCUGCUCACAAGUCCUUGCAGACAAUUUCUAUGGCCGCCACCCACUCAAACACCGCCAUCCACAAAGCUGAGAGCCUGAAGCGGCUGCUGGAGAUCUAUGAGAUGGUUGGAGAGGAGGAAGUGGUCAACCCCACCAACGAGUUUCUGAGGGAAGGUCGUUUGCUCAAGCUGGCUGCCAGGAACACAUCAGCCAUGGAGAGGCACCUAUUCCUGUUCAACAACUUUCUGCUGUGCUGCACUCCUAAGUUCAGCCUAGUAGGGCAUCGGUAUACUGUGCGCUGCAGGAUCGGAAUGGAUGGCAUGCAGGUGCAGCAGACCACCAAUGAAGAUCACCCAUCCACCUUCCAGGUCUCUGGAAAGGAGAGGACACUUGAGCUGCAGGCCAGCUCUGAACAAGACAGGGAUGAGUGGAUAAAGGUAAUUCAGGAGGCCAUUGAUGUGUUUCAGAAGAAAAAUGAAACCUUCAAAUUGGCCUCUAAGGAGCUAAAUGUAGAGGAACCGACAGAGGAACUCGGCCGACGUGCCCCCCGCUGGAUCAGGGACAACGAGGUAACCGUGUGUAUGAAAUGCCAGGAACCUUUCAACGCGCUGACGAGGAGAAGACAUCACUGCAGAGCCUGUGGCUGCGUGGUGUGCUGGAAGUGUUCAGACAAUAAAGUGGCUUUGGAGUAUGACGGUAACAAGCUGAACAAAGUGUGUAAAGCCUGCUACUCUAUCCUGACUGGUCAGAGAGGUGAGAGGAUGGAGGGAAAGAAAAGACGAAUACUGGAGUCGGAGGCAUCUCCAGUGUCUAGUGACAACAUAAUGACUGGCUUCUUGCUGUAUGGAGACAACCCCAAGACCUUGCAACAGGUGUGGUCUGUCAUUACCAGGACUGAACCUCCAGUCCUCUGUCUGUACACUGCGCCACAGGAUGUGAAACCCCUAUCCUGUAUACCUCUACUGGGCUGCAGUGUAGAGGAUUCUCCUCAGGAGCUCCAGGGUCAGCCAUGUUUUUGUUUAAGCCAAUCCAAAACAAGCCACACUUUCUCCUGCGAUGGCUUUGACCUCAAACAAAGCUGGCUGACUGUUCUGAAAGCUGCAGUGACAGGAAAGAUGCCAGCAGGCACACUCAGUGGUUAUGACAUCACCCCCAAUGGCUCCAGGUGUGGCAUCAAUGUGAAUGAAAGAAUCUCUGCUAGUGAUCAAUCUAUCGUAAAUGGUAACGUGGAAAAACCACUGCUGAAUGUUUGAUCAUCCAUUAUGGAAAGUACUCACAAGCAUGUACACAAACAUACAGCAACAGAUGAAACAAGCCCAUUUGCUGUUAAAGACGGUAGCUUUGAACUGCAGAUUUUAAUAAAAUGAAUGAAAUCUAGAAGUGAAAUUCAGGAAUGUAAAUGAUACAAUACAUAAUAUUCAGACUGAGAACUGUGUUUUUUCCUUACAAGUGGCAAUGCACUUUAUUUCUGAAAUGGUUUACAGUAAAAUAAAUAAUAAUAAAGUGAAGGUGUUUUAAAAUGA